CCUUGUCAGAACGUGCCUGGUAAUCUUUCCAACCGUGGCUGCUGCUAUAAAGGAGCUUUCAACUGCAAGGAGGGUAAUUCGGGUAGUUAAACACGCUGCAACAACAUGAACUUCACAUUAAUCCCAUUCUUUGUAGCGACAAACAUCCUCGUGGACCAACCGGACCAAUGGGUCUACGGUCCGGAGUUCGUCUUCAACACGAGCUUGACAGAAUCGGUAUUCACGAACACGAUGGUAAAGCCACUAUACUGGAUGAACCUGACCACAACGAUGAGGUGUCGUCCAGAGGACGUCAACACUUUGCUCUGCCGCUUCGAUCACGUCAGAAUGCUCGCGUUCGUCGACCAACAACCCACAGACAUAGUGAUCGACUAUCCUUUCAAAAUCGAAUUCAGCCCGCGUGGAAUCGAGAAACUUCGACUGCCGGAGGAGAUCGACGACAAAAAUCUGUUCUUCCUUCGAAACAUCGUGAAAGAUCUGAGCAUCGGUGCAGAUUUAAGGGAGAACGCGGAUUCAUUGCCGGUGUUCAUCGCCAAGCAGAAUUAUGUGAUCGCGGGAUGUGCCACGCUGUUCACCGUUCUCAACCACGACCAAGUUUCCAACCAGACGCGAAACUACGAUUUGCAGAUAUUGCCGUUGCCGGGAAGACGGCCUGAUUCGGUCGUCGUGAUCGAGAAGAUCACCGAGCACAAGAAAUGCGCUAAACCGGGGAAUCCAAGUUACAGCAUGCAGAAGAUGAAUUAUAAAAUUAAAACGUACGUUAGUAGAAUGCAGAUCGGCGACACGACGUUUAACAGCCAAACGAGGAUGCACAUGGAGAUGAAGACGAAGGAAUUGAUCUCGAUUCGGGAUAUUUCCUAUGUGGAACUGGUGGAUAUUGAACGUGCAACGGAGCCGAUGCCACAGGCGGAUUUCGACCAUGUCGCAACCCUUUAUUUCGAAUAGGAUACGAGGAGAAUAUGUAAAGACCGAUAUAACCGUAGAACGAUGAAAUUACUCUGAACGAGAUAGUAGAAGUAAUAGAAGAAUAGUAAUAAAGUU